AUGUUUAGAAACCGCAUUUCAGUCGUUCGGAAAGCAAAAGCUGCCUCAAAAUCUAGCACAAUACAAUCAUCUCUGGGGUCAAUCGAUGAGGCAGCUGACAAAGGAGAUGGGCCGAGCAGUUCGCAUCUGGGAUGUGUUUCACUACAAAGUGGUGUAAGUCGUGCAAGUGAAACGCCAUCGGUUGGAAACGAAUCGGGAGCUAUGGAAUACGCAAAGCCCGAUGAAGGCAUCUGCUUAGACGAAAAUGCAUUUUUUAUGGAUGAUAGUGGCGAAAUCAGGGAGAAUGAAUUACUCCUGGCGGAAGAUGACGACAACGAUGUUACGAAGGAUCUUGACUUUAGCCGAACAUCACCCGCAUUAUUUUCGCUGACCUCCCCCAAAAGAGCAAGAAUGACGUUGGAGAUUCAACAAUCGGUUGAACGAAAUGGACCCACGAUGAAUCUGGUGACCCCUGAAAGUAAUUAUACAUUACGGGUCACUCCUUCAAGUUCCAGUUUCGUGAAACCUUCUGUACCGGAAACAUCGCCAUCCGCGUUCCGAUGCAUUGUGAAUGAAACACCACAACAGCCAGAACAACAUCGAAGCACAGCGUGGAGCAUCCGUUCGUCGAGUCAGUCCAAGCAGUCUGGGGUUCUGAAGCGCCAAACGAUUACCGGUGCUAUUGACGAUCUGAACGAGAUGACGGAAGAGUUGAUCGAUUUUAUCAGGAACUUUGAAGAAAAGUACCCCACCGCAAUCAAUGGAACGAGUUCCUCGUAA